AUGGUGUCGGACAAGGUGGACAGUGUGACUGAGGAUUUGGACGAGGUGAAAGAUCUUGUUGAGUAUGUCAACCGAUCCUUGGACGAAGAAGAAGAAUUCCACUUCUUGCGCUUUGAGUUCCUUCAAAGGCUCAAUAUUGUCCGACUUGAACUUGAUCUGGUACACUUAAAAGGCCAGUUCCAACGUGACAAACGAGCUGCUGUCAAGGAUUUAGACACGCUCGAAAGCAAGCUACAGGAUUAUGCAAUCCGAAAUUAUCAGUUUUUAAAGAAUAAAAAAGCGCUUAAGAAGGGAGAAGCGCGGAGCCGAAGACUUCUCUUGCAACGAUUCUUCCAGGCCAGAGUCAAUGACGGUUUCCACUCCCAUUAUUGCUAUUUUCAAGACGCAGACGAAAGAGUCGAUCCAUUACGCGGUGCCUUGAUGCGCUACCUACCAUCUUGGCUGACCUUCUCAAGAGAAGAACGAAUUUCUCGGGGGAAAGAAUAUAGCGAGCGAAGGGUCCCCAGGGAGGUGUCUGCAUUCGUUGAUAGGCUAACCCGGUUGAUCCUCGCUUUCGCAGGAGGAAUAUUUCUUGUGGUCCCCAUGAUUAUCAUGAUUUUGCACCCAUCGCAGACCAAGAGCCUGGUGACUGUCUCUGUCUGUGUCACUGUCUUUGCGCUAGUACUCUCGCUUGUGAUCCGGGUGUCGAAUGUGGAGACAUUGGUUUCAACAGCAACAUACGCGGCUGUUCUGGUAGUGUUCAUCGGACUGAAUAAUAACAAGUCAUGA